AUGGUCGUUGUAGGGAGAUCGCCUCUAAGCCAAACCAAGAUUGUCCCCCCCGAGCCUCGUGUGAUCAUAUGGAACCACCAGCGCGACUUAGCAGAGCGUGUUGCCCUGCAAAGGUCAUCAAACGGCGAGUUGCGAGCUGUCAAGCGAGUGGCCCUCCAAACCGGGGGCAGUUUAUCAGAACUGAGUGUCAUAAACAAAAUCACGACCGCAGCUGAAAAUGAGAAAAAGAGGGUAUUUGUUGAUUUCAAAGGCUGGUAUUCAAAUCAAGAAAACAUAUACUUUGUAAUGGAAUAUUGCCCUUAUGGUGACAUCGACCAAUGCUACCCGGCGCCGCUCUCCGAAGCCGAAGCCCGCGCUAUUUGUGGACAGCUACUGGAUGCACUAGCAGUGUUGCAUGGUCUUGGGAUAGCACAUCGUGAUAUCAAACCCAAUAACAUCCUGGUCGCGGAAAAGAUGCCAAUACAGGUAAAACUUGCGGAUUUUGGAAUCAGCAAGCACUUCGAAGAUACAGAGCUAAAAACACAGACUGGGACAUUCGGAUAUAUGGCCCCCGAAGUCCUGGGGCUCUUUGAUGAUGGAUUUGCGUAUACAAAAGCAGUUGAUAUCUGGUCUCUUGGGUGUCUGCUAUACAAGACUCUAACCGGACAAAUGCCAUUUACAUCAAUGCCACACUUGCCACUCGAGAAAUAUGUGAAAGGAGACAGCGCAUUUCCUGAAAUACCUUUACUUGAAAAGGGAAUCAGCAUUGAUGGAAGAUCAUUCAUUUCGAGGAUGCUACGUCCAAUACCCACAACACGUCCACUGGCCUCAGCAGGUCUACUCGACGAGUGGAUCAUUCCCAAAACAACCGAAGAUAUUGCAUCAAGGCUAGAAGAUCCAGUAUUGAUGCAUACGUCAGCUGCUCUUGAAGAAUUGAAAAAAGGAGACGAGAAAAAGGAAAGCGAAACAAAUCGGCCGCAAGAUUGGCUUCAGCAAGGUAUCAUGAUUGAAGAAAAGGAGUCAACCAUUUCUACGGAGAGUACUAUCUAUAAAGAUGAGAUGGACUACGCUUCUUUAGAACUUUGGCACUUGGUCAAGAGAGAUAGCUGGCUUGAGGAUGAUAAAAUACGACUUGGGUUACUUCUCGAGUCAGGAGCGAACCCAAAUGCCAUCCAUUGUGGAUAUUCCGCUCUCCAUCUUGCCUUGACUGAUGGUCCAUCAGCGAAGCCAGCUACUUGGGUGGAAAUUCUCUUGAAAUAUGGGGCCGACCCAAAUUUGAUCAACAAAGAUGGAUUUUACCUUACUCAUCAAAUGGUGGCAUUGGUGCGACACAGAGCCUUCCGCUCAAUUGAUGAUCGCCUUGCUCCUAAUUUGAUUGAUACCUGCAAGUUUCUCUUAGCCCAUGGUGCUCGCUUAGAACUAAAGAGCAAUGGUAAUGGAUAUACUCCACUCAUCUAUGCAAGCAAGCUGAGGGAUGCACCGAUGGCAAGAUUCUUGUUUCAAAGUGGAUCUCAUAUAGAUGAAUGUUGUCAUCAAGAACGCACGGCACUGUUCUAUGCUGCUGCAAAUGGGAGCCUCAACAUUGUCAAGUCGCUCAUUAAUAUGGGAGCGAACAUUAAUCUGCAAGACUUUGAAGGAGCAACUCCACUGGAAGCGGCUGCAAGGCAGACACUCAAUGACGGUGUUAUAGCUUACCUAGUGGAUAAUAAUGCGGAACAUAACUCGAGGGAUGGGGGCGUUAAAAGGCGAAUUAAGCGCGCGAAACUGUGGAGCAAGAUCAAAAGAACUGAUUAG